AUGGUCUUCUGCGGCAAGCCCAGCAAAGGCUGCGGCGAAUGCCGAUCUCGCAAGAUCCGCUGCGACCAAGCCCUUCCGGCCUGCUCACAAUGCACCAAGGGCAACCGGGACUGCCCCGGAUACCGCGACCAACUGGCUCUCAUGUUUCGCGAUGAGAGUCAGCAGGUCAUCCGGAAGGCGCGGACCGGCCCUGCAACCCGCAAGGCCAAGACUUCUCGAAAACCGGGCCCCGGCAGCCGGACAGCCUCCCAGUCCCCGGGGAACAGUGAUACUACGACUGUGACUACUACCACUAGCCCAGACUCUGCAUGGUCGACAGUGAGUGGGUCGUUUGACCUGCCUGACCUCGCGGAUCUAGACCCGGAGUUUCUGGAGCAGCAGAUGCGUGAACAGUCUCUGGCCUUGCAGCCCUCGUAUCAGCCAAACACAGAUGAAGCCGUCUGCUUCUUUCUCGGGCAAAAUGCCUGGAUCGGGUCCUUCUGGUCGACGGUGGACGGCCGGCAAAUGCUAGCGACGCCCAGCCAUAGGGCCAUGAUGGCUAGUUUGACCUGCGUUGGAACGGCGAUGCUCUCUCGCUUCAGGAAGUCCACGCGAAUGAAGCACGCCGCGGAAAAGGAGUACGGUCAGGCCCUGCAGCUUGUUACUUCGGCUGUCAGGAAUGAGCAGCAGGCGAAGGAAAACGCAACGCUGGCUGCGGUGUUGACGUUGGCUAUCUUUGAGGUGGUUUGCAGUAGGGCGCCGAAAGAUAUCGAUAACUGGACGAACCAUAUCACCGGCGCUGUGGCUCUGCUGGAGUUGCGAGGUGUAGAACAGCUACAAAACGAUCAUGGCCUAAGACUCUUCCUCCAGUUGAGGUAUCAAAUUAUCAUCAGCUGUCUACAAAAAGACAGGCGGGUGCCACCGUCCGUUUUGCAAUGCGCCAAGGUUGCCAUGUUCCUACGACCGCAGUCUGAGGCUUAUGGCGACUGCCUAAUUACCAUCAUGGGCCGGUUGUCCAACAUCCGAGCCGAUAUAAAAGAAAAAGUCCUCACCGACAAGAAAGAGAUUCUGUCAGCUGCUUACGGUAUCGAAAGCGAAUUAAUAGCCUGGCUGGCGGCUCUGCCACAAAGCUUUCUCUACACCACUGUCGAAGACACUUCGUCCAAACCGCCUAGCUGGGGUAUUCAGCCCUACAACAACAGGUACCACAUCUACGAGGACCUCUGGAUCUGCCACACGUGGAACCAAUACCGGGUGGCGCGCAUCAUGGUCAGCGAUAUGAUCCUGACAUACAUCCGACAACUGAACGUCGGCAUGGCCAUCUCCCCCGAACUCGCCGCCCAUCGCGCGCAGAUCCGCAGCUCCGCCCGACAACUCGCGGCCGAUAUCUGCGCCAGCGUGCCGUAUCAUUUCACUGAUGACGCCAUUAGACAAGCGACCGGUCAAUCGGGCAGCCUCUCCCUCCAGAUGAUCCCGUUCGAGCAUGGCUUCGUCCGCGGCAUGAUCCUCAUCUGGCCGCUGGCCAUCGCCGGUGCGGUACGCCAUCAAAGCCAUUCGCUGCAUAAAUGGGUCCUGCACUGUCUCCAAAUGAUCGGCAGUCGAAUGGGCAUCGAUCAGGCCCUGGCCGUGAUGGACAUCCUGAUAAAUGGGAAUGGUUUCUAUGAUACCUUUGUCCUGUCGGAUGAGAACAGGGAUGUGGAUGCCUUGGUGGUAGAUGAGUGCAGCAAUGAUGAGAAUUGAUAUACCGCAGUGUAGUGGCUGUUUGGCCGGUUGGUUGGUUGAUCUGUUGGCAUUCAGUUAUAAAUUCCGGUCCGGUACAUACCUACCUACUUACAUAUCCGACUCACCAGGCGUGAGUCUACAUGGACAUACCCAUGUCUUUGUUCCCGCAUCAUUGACAAUUUCCAUUCACGACAAUAACUUGAUAUUUAUGGGGCGGCGGUGGUUUCAGACUUGCCUUGAAGAAAAGAGAAGCAUAGGGGCCGAGCGUGGAUUCUUUGGUUGUAUAUAGUUCUUAUGUGAUUCCCGUAUAUAGUCUACAUAAUUUAUGCUCUG